AUGGACGCCAUUGACGUCAAGGGCUUCAUCCCCGAGAACUUGAUUGAGAACGAAACCAAGUGGUUCUACGAGCAGCUCUCGAUCGACGACUCCUUCUUCGCUACCGAGUCCAUCGACAACAUUGUCUCCUACAUCCACACCCUCUAUUCUGCCAAGAUUGCUGCUUACGCUCGAACUGACAAGAAGCUUGACAUCCAGCUGGUGCGGGAGGACGAUGCCCACGCUUUCUACAUCGACACCUCUAACCCUGGCACCACCAACCUCGAGGGCCCCCAGUACGAGACCCGAAUCGACGAAAAGUACCUGUCUAGCCCCAACGGCAAGUUCCGAGUCGAGACCUUCCGAGCCACCAACGACUCCAUUCCUGGUGACGGCGCUCUGCGAUGCUACUUUGUCUACAAGUGCGACUUCAUCGAGCCCAACCCCAAGGAGGGCGAGACUGAUCUGACCAAGAUCUCCGACAAAACUUUCUACGAAAAGGCCACCGAGUACACCCGAGCCAUCUACUCUGAGAUUGUCAACCAGGUUGUCCAGCGAGAGGGCCCCGUCAUCGAGAUGUUUGAGAUUGACGGCUCUCGAGAGCGACGGGUCAUUAUCGGAUACAAGCAGGAGACUACUCCCGGCUACUUCUCCGCUCUGUCCGAUCUGUACCACUUCUACGGACUCACCUCCACCCGAAAGUACGUCGAGCAGUUCUCCAACGGUGUUACCAUCAUCUCCAUGUACCUGGUUCCCGCCUUCCCCCAGACCGCCAACACUGCUGAUGAGAUCAAGGCCAUGAAGCGGUACCCUCCCAUUGAGAACUCCAUCCACCAGAUUGUCAAGGAGGCCUCUCUGCUCUUCUGCCUGCCCAACAACGCCUUCAAGCACCACUUUGCCCGAGGCGACAUGUCGCUGCAGGAGUCCAUCUAUGCCCACUGCGCCUUCAUCUUCGUGCAGCACUUCCUCAACCGUCUGGGCUCCGAGUACACCACUCUGCAGCAGAUGCUCGGCACUGGCAAGGAGCACGUUGAGAUUCUCGAGAAGCUCAAGCGACGACUGCGACAGGAGACCUUCACCCGAGACUACCUGUUUGAGCUGAUCAACAACCAGCUCGACGUUGUCAAGCAGAUGUACCUGCAGUUUGCCGACGUGCACUACAUCCAGUCUAAGUCCGAGGGUGACUCGUUCCUGCCUACCCUGUCUUACCAGCGACUGCAGACCCAGUCCGUUCUUUCCACCGAUGAGCUCAAGAAGCUGAUCCGAAAGAAGGCCGCCAACGACCACGAGGCCAUGGUAAUGGAGGCCUUCCUGACCUUCAACACCCACGUGCUCAAGACCAACUUCUACACCCCUACCAAGGUUGCUCUGUCGUUCCGACUCUCUCCCGACUUCCUCCCCGAGUCCGAGUACCCUCAACCUUUGUACGGUAUGUUCCUUGUAGUUGGUCAGGAGUUCCGAGGUUUCCACCUCCGAUUUGCCGAUAUUGCCCGUGGCGGUAUCCGAAUCGUCAAGUCUCGAAACCGAGAGGCCUACUCAAUCAACGCCCGAUCCAUGUUCGACGAGAACUACAACCUCGCCAACACCCAGCAGCGAAAGAACAAGGACAUCCCCGAGGGUGGCUCCAAGGGUGUCAUUCUGCUCAACAACGAGCACCAGGACAAGGCCGAGAUUGCCUUCCACAAGUACAUUGACUCGGUCAUUGAUUUGCUCCUCAAGGGCGACACUCCCGGCAUCAAGGAGCCCAUCGUUGACCUGCAUGGCUCUCCCGAGAUUCUGUUCAUGGGUCCCGAUGAGAACACCGCUGGCCUUGUCAACUGGGCCACCAUGCACGCCAAGCAGCGAGGCGCUCCCUGGUGGAAGUCUUUCUUCACUGGCAAGUCUCCUUCUCUCGGUGGUAUCCCUCACGACGAGUACGGAAUGACCUCUCUGUCCGUGCGAGAGUACGUCAAGGGUAUCUACCGAAAGCUCGAGAUUGAGCAGCCCACCGUGCGAAGGCAGCAGACUGGUGGCCCCGACGGAGAUCUCGGCUCCAACGAGAUUCUUCUCUCCGCCGAGAAGUACACCACAGUCAUUGACGGUGCUGGUGUCCUCUACGACCCCAACGGACUUGACCGAGAGGAGCUCCUGUCCCUGGCUAAGCGACGAGUCAUGAUCUCCGAGUACGACGCGUCCAAGCUCUCUCCCGAGGGUUACCGAGUUCUUGUUGACGAGAACGACGUGACUCUGCCAUCUGGUGAGGUUGUUUCCAACGGUACCCAGUUCCGAAACACCUACCAUCUGCGAUGCGAGUCUGUUGACAUGUUUGUUCCCUGCGGUGGUCGACCUGAGGCCAUUGACAUCAACAACGUCAGCCAGCUGUUUGUUGAUGGCAAGCCCAAGAUCAAGUGGCUCGUUGAGGGUGCCAACCUGUUCAUCACCCAGCAGGCCAAGCUCCGACUUGAGGAGGCCGGUGUCGUUGUCUACAAGGACGCUUCUGCCAACAAGGGCGGUGUGACCUCCUCUUCUCUGGAGGUUCUUGCCUCUCUUGCCUUUGACGACGAGUCUUUCGCCAAGGACAUGUGUAUUCGAGACGGAGUUGUGCCUGAGUUCUACAAGGCCUACGUCAAGGAGGUGCAGUCCAUCAUUCAGAACAACGCCCGACUGGAGUUUGAGGCUAUCUGGAGAGAGCACGAGAAGACCGGCAAGCCUCGAUCUAUUCUCUCCGACGAGCUGUCUAUCGCCAUCAACGAUCUGUCUGGUGAGCUCAAGAACUCCGCUCUGUGGGACGACGUGGAGUUCCGAAACUCUGUUCUGCACGAGGCUCUCCCCAAGCUGCUGGUCAACGAGAUUGGUCUCGAUGUUAUGCUCAAGCGUGUUCCCGAGUCUUACCUCAAGGCUAUCUUUGGCUCUUACCUUGCUGGCCGAUUUGUCUACGAGAAGGGUGCCAACCCUGGCCAGUUUGCCUUCUUUGAGUACAUGGCUGAGAAGACUAAGAAGCAAUAG